AUGACCUCGCCCCUUUUGCAGGCCGACGACAUGGCGUGGCGCCACCGCGUGCUCCUCGUCGUCGAGGAUGCUGCCACCAACCAAACCCAAGCCACCCAAUUCGUCCCCGUCGAACUCGUCCGCAACGGCGUCACCUACAUCAUCCUCUACUCGAUGUUCGCCACCCUCCUCUUUGUGCUCCUCUGCGCCGUCCUGUUCAAGAACGGUCUCAGCCCGCAGAAGCGCCGCCUCCCCGUCGUCUGGGUGCUCGGUCUCGCCAUGCUCGGCGGGCUGCUCGGCUCCACGCUCAACACCGUCUUCUGGGCAUACCAGCUGUUUGGCAACGUCUCCGAAGACGCCAUGUUCCGCCUCUGGAUGUCUUCCACCGCCAUGCUCUACAUCGUGCCGCUCGUCACCCACUUUGCCAUCCAGCUUCGCCUGCUCGCCUUUUACCCAUCUACGCUCGCCAGCAGGAAGAAGCGCAUCGCCAUCAGCAUCCUCCCCUCGCUCAUGAAGGUCGCACGGCUCACCACCAUCUGCAUCACCCUCAGCAACUCGGCCAAGGUGUACAAGUCCGACGGCUUUGGCUACACCGUCUCGAGAGCCGCCAACGACACCAGCAACCUGCUCACACUCAUUUUCCAGCUCGUCGACACCGUCUACGCCUCGGUCAUGCUGCUCUGGCGCUACUGGCACCUCGGUCGACGCGACAGCGAGCUCAUGAGCAAAAAGUCGCAUCCCGCCCUGCGCUGGGCCAAGCAGAUCGCCUUUGCCAUCGCAUUUGGCUAUGUGCUGCCCACCGUGUAUGCGCUCGCGCUCGUGCUCUCCAAGACACUUUCGCUCUCGGCCGUCGACAUGGGCUUUAUGCUCGUCGCCAACGUGUACGUCCAGGCAUUUGGAGCCGUGCUCGCCUCGCUCUCCAGCGCCUACAAGUGGAGGGACGACCGCUUCACCGACAGCUUGUCGCCGGACAAUGCGGUGCUGCCAGGCAUGCGCGGCGUCACCGACCCUUUUGCGAGCAACGACACCAAGCACCAGCCUGCUCAUAUGCGCGCCCUCGACUCGGGCCUCUCGGAUGCAGGCACGCCGACACGACCGUCGUUCCUCAAUGCGCGCCUGCCUUCGCUCGACUCGCGCAGGCGCGCAGGGCUGACGCCGGACGCAGCAGCCGCCUCGCCCGGUCUGUCCGCCAUCGUCGUGGACGGAAGCGCGCCGAUCAAGGCCGGCGAUGUGUCACCCAAGUCGUCCGUCCCGGCGGUGUCGACGCAGUACCCCGGCACGCCCGGUACGGCCGAGUGCGUCUCGAUCGACUUCCCCGACACGUAUGCUCCGCAGCAGUACGAGUCGCGCCGCUCGUCGGAUGCUACGCUUUUUGCGCCUGGCGGUGCGGACAAGGCCGAUGCUGCGUUGGUCAAGGCCGGGUCGCGCCCAGGCAGCAGUGGCACGGGUCGCAUCCAGAGGCUCGGAUCUAGCCGCUCCGUGCCCCGCGAAGGAAGCCUGCGCGAGGAAGAGGAAACUCCACCACCGUCUCAGGCGGAUAGCGUCUAG